AUGGGCUCCAUGCCCCUCACACAGUCCCAGUCCCUGUGUGAUCCCAGCCCCGAUGGGGUCCCCGUCCCCUCCUGAUGCUCCCGUGUUCGGGCCGAGGCCGUGCGCGGGGCCAGCGCUGGGUCCCCGCUCCUCGCUGCUCUUCGCCUCGCUGGACGCCGCCGUGGAGGGGCUGCAGCAGCGGGCGCAGGACGCGCUCAGCCGCAUCAACAGCGGCCGCGAGGAAGCGCACACGGAGCUGAGCGCCCUCAGGAACAGCCUGCUGCUGAAGGUCUCGGAGCUGGCGGAGCAGCUGGAGGAGCGGCUCUUCCACCGCUACGGCUUCCACAACGGGCUGAUCCAGGAGCGGCUGCGGGCGCUCGGUGAGGUGCUGGAGCGCGUGGAGGAGGUGCAGGCGGAGCUGCGCCGCAUCUGCUGCACCGUGGAGGCAGCUUAUCAGGAGAUCUACCUGCAGCCCGAGGACUGAGGGCACCCCCAGACCCGAGCGGGACCCCCGAACCCAGCCGGGCUUUGCAAAGGGACAUUUUGGCCCCAAAGGGCUUUGCUGUUGCUGCUGCUUUUGCUGUUUGGAACAAAUAAAGGGCUGA